CAACUGGCCAGAACAUCUGUGAGACGAAUAGAAGGUUAGUGCCUGCACUCUUGUACACCAUCCAUCGUCACUUUCAUAUUUCAGAACGAUGAAGCUCAUGGAAGUUGGCCUUUUGCUCUUCCUCCUAAGGAAAUGUUCCAGUGAUUAUCAAAAUGUGGCCUUGCGUGGCAAAGCGACCCAGUCUGACCGCUAUGAACACAUGUUUGGAGCUGCUUAUAAUGCCAUCGAUGGGAACCGAAACUCUGUAUUUGCGGCUGAUUCCUGUACCCACACUGAUGAACAGACCAACCCCUGGUGGAGGGUGGACCUGCUGGACUCCUACAUCAUCACCUCCAUUAAAAUCACUAACAGAGGAGACUGCUGUCCUGAAAGGCUCAACGGGGUGCAGAUCCAUGUUGGAAACUCUUUAGAAGACAAUGGUUUAAGAAACCCAAUUGUUGGAACUAUUGCUGCCAUUGCUGCAGGCUCAACAGACACUCUGUCUUUCACCGACCAUGUGGAGGGACGUCAUGUGAUUUUGGUUUUACCAGGAAUAAACAGGUUUCUCACACUCUGUGAAGUGGAGGUCUAUGGCUACCGGGCACCGACAGGAGAGAACCUGGCAGUUAAAGGGAAGGCCUCACAGUCAUCCCUGUAUCCUGGUGGCAGUCCAUACAACGCCAUCGAUGGGAAUCGUUUCAGUCGUUGGGAAUUGGGCUCCUGCUCUCAUACUGCUGUAGAAAAUGACCCCUGGUGGCGACUUGACCUUGGCAAGACCCACAAAGUGUUUUCUGUGAAAAUAACCAACAGAUUUGAAGUCCCAGAGCGGCUCAUUGGAGCAGAGAUCCUCAUUGGAAAUUCUCUGGAAAAUGAAGGCAACAACAAUACAAGGUGUGCUGUCGUUACUGAGAUCCCAGGAGGUGCUACUGCUGAUUUUCAGUGUGACGGGGCUCAUGGAAUGGAUGGUCGCUACGUAAACAUCAUCAUCCCAGGAAGAAAAGAGUGCCUGACCCUGUGUGAGGUGGAGGUGUACGGCUCUGUCCUGGAUUAAUUUCAAAUCCUGGUUCAGUGGCAAAAGCUAAUCUGUUCUGGAUAUUUUGAUCCAAAUUUAAAUGAUUUUUCCUUAUUCAAACAUGCAGAUGUGAAGACCUGCAGAAUCACAAAUUAGUUAGAUUAAUGCUUAUGUCACUCAAUCUAAAUGUCUUCAAUCUUUUUGCUGGUAUCUGUGACUGGAUAUACUUAUAGACGUAAAGACGACUCUAUCACCCUCUGGUGGCUAGCUGCAGAAUAGCUCGUGAUUGCAGCUUCCUCAUGUUAUUCAGUGGGACUGGGAAAAAUUUCGAGUACAGUCUACUUAACUUGUCCUGAAGGUG